ACCAAAAAGUGAGAGAAUUAUUAUACAUUUUUUUCAAAUGCAAUUAAAGAAGUGAAAGAAAGAACCAUUAAUAAAACCAAAGCUCAACUUCAACCACUCACCUUUUUUUUUCCUUCACUUCCCACACUCUCUUCAACCACUUCCUAGAGAGAGAAACUCUCCUAUAGUUUACAGAUAUAGAGAUAUGACGGGGCUUGUUAUGGUGACCAGGGGAGGUGGAUGCGGUGGAGGUAGCGGCGGUAAUAAUGGAGGUGUAAAGGGAGCGAUGAAAAGCUCGGAGGAAGACCAAAACCAGCUCUCAUUGAUGACGUUUCUCUUGGCGGCUCUGAAGAAAUCCAUGGUGGCUUGCCGUGUCGAGAGAGGUGAAGAUGUCAUCUCUACCGUUAAUCAGAUGGAGAUUGGAUGGCCCACGAAUGUCCGUCACAUAACCCAUGUCACCUUUGAUCGUUUCAAUGGCUUUCUGGGUCUUCCUGUUGAGUUCGAGGUUGAGAUCCCUGGUCGAGUUCCCAGCGCUAGUGCAAGCGUCUUUGGGGUCUCGGCCGAAUCAAUGCAGUGUUGUUAUGAUUCAAAAGGGAACAGUGUACCUACUAUUCUCUUACUAAUGCAGGAGCGCCUUUACUCGCAAGGAGGUUUAAAGGCAGAAGGAAUAUUUAGAAUUAACCCGGAAAAUAGUAAAGAGGAACAUGUGAGGGAUCAACUGAAUAGGGGCAUUGUGCCAGAUGACAUUGAUGUACAUUGUUUGGCAGGCUUAAUCAAAGCUUGGUUUAGAGAGCUUCCUUCAGGAGUACUAGAUGGACUUUCACCUGAACAAGUUCUCCAGUGCAACAGCGAGGAAGAAUGCGUCGAACUUGUAAAGCAACUAAAGCCCACAGAGACAGCAUUGCUCAACUGGGCAGUUGAUCUCAUGGCUGAUGUUGUUGAGGAAGAGGAGUACAACAAAAUGAACGCCAGAAAUAUUGCUAUGGUUUUUUCUCCAAACAUGACUCAAAUGUCUGAUCCAUUGACGGCUCUGAUGCAUGCGGUUCAAGUAAUGAACUUGCUCAAGACUCUCAUCACAAAAACACUAAGAGAGCGUGAAGAGACUGCAACUUCCGGAGGAUAUUCGCCCAUGUCAUCUUGUUCAUCUGAUCAUCAUAGCGAUGAAGAUUUAUAUAGUCAGCCAGAGAUGGACACUAGCAGUGAAACUAGAGGGCAUGCAUCAGAUUAUGAUGUAAAUGCUGAUUACAGCCAUGGCAGUGAUGAAGAUGAUGAUGACGACGACGACCGAGUUAAUUCACUCGGUGAGAUAGAAGAAUGCUUCUUGAGGCAGUUGGACGACAACAAAGCUGUCACCUUAACCAGCUCCGCUGAUUUGCAACAAAACUAUGCCAAUCAUGCUAAGUCUUGUUCUCCCUGGAGCAAAAUGGGGGAAUCCUGCACGUCGUUUACAGAUAGCAAAGAAGAAAAUUCAGGGUUGACUACAAGUGAGGGAGAAGAUGUAGAAGACUCUGGCAAAAGCUUGGUAUGUUUAGAAAAGAGGAUUAAUGAUAAAGAGGAGGGAUCACCAAUAGUUUUUUCAAACAUGAACAACAUUAAAAUGGAGAGACUGGUAGGAGAGAAUGACAUUCGACCGUAGUUUUGCAGUGAAUCCAUGAUCUGACUCAAUGCUGUUAUCGUCUCAAGAGUGGUAGAAGAAUUACUUUUCUUAGCUCUAUAUUUUUUGUUUGUUUCUGUAAAUUAGGAAAUGUGUGUUGUUCAGCAAGGAGGCUUGACUGAACUAAACAUGUAGUUACAUUAGGCUUGUGAUUGGUUUGUGACUCAUCAGAAGUUGAAAAGGGUUCAGCUUUGGGCUGAACCCGUACCUUACCUUACCUUAAGGUUCAUGAUGUGUGUUCUAAAUAGGAAGGAUUUUUCUAGCCUUUGACGUAAUUCAGAUUGGAAUACCAUAUUAGUGUGUGGUGCCUUGUGUAUUUACCUUGUGUUAAAAAGAAUGUGGUUGUUAUGAAUCAUAUCAUUGAAAUUCAA